AUGGGCGAUCGCGACACACCGAGCCACGGGCUGUUUGUGUCCGACCUUCCCAGUGACAUCACCGAAAAGGAGCUGGAGAGGCUCUUCGCGGGAUGCCACGGCUUCGAGUCUUGCAGGGUCAGGAAGGACAAGAAUGAGCACGACGUCGGGUUCGUGGAUUUCUUGGACACCGAGAGCGCCACCAUCGCUAAGGAGCGCUUCAAGGGCCACGUGUUCCGCGGACACCCAAUAGGUGCAGAAGCAACAGCAACAAGAACAACAACUGCCUCCUCCCCAAUAUGA